AUGGCACCGGACCUUGUGCAUCGGGCAGCCUCUUAUCCAAGAUCUGAAAAGGUCCUCCUCAAACGAGACCUGCAGUCAUGCAUUCCACUUAUGAAUGUUUUAAAUGAGGGAGAUCUUCUGGUACUCUUAUCUCCGGUAGUCGCACCCCUGGCUCAAGACGAUGUCGUUCUGGAUCCGUUUGAACCUCUUGGACGGGCACUAGCUGCAAGGCACGCCUGGGUCAGGCAUGUUCCAUAUACUGCCAAUCGUGGAAUCACCGAGUUUCACUCUACUUUCAUCAAGAGAGCUAAAGUGAUUAUCUUUGUCAUUGCUGGUGCUGCGGUACCGGGACAGGUGUCACAGAUUGACAUGGCAGAGCUGGCACAAGUCAUGGCCGAGUAUCGCCCCUUGGUAGUUGUGGCUUGCCAGGAAGAAUAUCUGGGCUUUGAGGAGAAUCACUUUGGAACCAUAAUUCAGCUCUCCGGAUAUGCGCCAAGCCAACUUGAAGAAGCCGCUGCUGUGCUGUUUGGUGAGACGCCGGCAACGAUCGACAGACCUCUGGGUUUACAAGAACCGACUGCGGCUCCGAAAAAAUGGACGGUGGAAGCAUUACCGGACAGUCUCAUACAAUUCGACGUCUCACCUAUAUUAGACCUCUGGAACGAGUGUUUGCCCAAGCAGUUUACUUUCAAUCGCUACACCUUGCAGAGUCUACUUGAUCGAGAUGGUUUUGGUAGACACUAUGUUGUCAGACAGCCAGAGACCCGCGAGAUUAUUGGCUUUUGCGCAACUUACACGACUUGGGCUUUUAGUGACCCGGACUUCCUCGUUGGCUCUGUGGCUAUUUUAUUGGUGAAAAACACAUAUCGUAAAAUGGGCAUCGGGUCGAGCCUCUAUAACCAUGCUACGGGUCUUUUGACGCGGACACGAGGGGUCGAGAGAUUGCAACUCGGGAGUACAUUUCCACGACUAUUGUGCGGUAUCCCUCAAGAAUUAUCGCCGUCAAGAGACUGGUUCAAAAAACGCGGCUGGGACCUCGAUUCUCGAGAACCAGGCGGCGGCAAGGAAGUCUGCGACUGGCUGCUCAAGAUACAUGACUGGCCAAGCGGUGGGUUAGGCUCGAUUCCAGAGGGCUACACCUUCAGGACAUGCACACCUGAUGAUUUCUCAAAUUUACUCGACUUUCUACGACGCGAGGAAUCGCGCAACGAGACAAUGGGCUUGUUCGAAAUAUACAAGUGGAGCAAAGAUUCCACCUUUGAUAUCGUUUUGAGUCUCCACGGGCAGACAAUAGUGGCAGCAGCCUUGACGUAUAUGCCUGAUUCAGGAUCGACUGCGGAUACUGAGAUACCGUGGCCACGGACAAUGGGCCCUCUUGUUGGAGGUAUUACCUGCAUCUGUAUUUCUGAGGAUAAUCCUGCCGUGCAGAGGUACAGGAAUUCUGUCAUGAUUAGACUUCUCGGAACUUGCAUAGAGCAGCUCAGCAGCUACGGGAUGCAAGAGGUCUUUCUUGAUGGCAUGAGAAGUGGGGGCCGGGGUUUUGAAGACCUGGGUUUCCGAAAAUGGGCAACCUACCAAGAAGUCUGGAAGCCAGUGGGAAAUGCUCGACCAUGA